AUGCGGAGGAGGGGUGCCAGCAGCACCUGUAAGCAAAGGGCGGUGGGUUGGGCACGGCGGGGCGAGAGCAGCUCCCGGCCGGGCAGCAGCGCAUCGCCGCCGCCGGGGAUCGCCCGAGCCGCGGGACAGAGGGAGCGGCACAGCCCGGCCCGGCCAAGCCCAGCCCAGCCCGGCCCCUCCGGCGGGAAGGGGCCGGGGAAGGCGCGCACACCGCCCCGGCCGCCGGCGCAGCCGCCCUCCCUGCGCUCGGUGUCGCUCACGCCCCGCGCGGUAGCGGCGCUGCCCGCCCGAGGCUCAGGCCGCAGGGCCGGACCCCGCCGGGGCAGGAGGAGGCGGAGGUGCAGCACCAUGCUGGCGGGGCUGGGCCGGGCGCUGCGCAGCGGCACGGGGCAGCUGCCGCUGCUGCUGGGCCGGCGGGAUGGCUGCCUGCCGCCCUCGGCGCCUCAGAGACAAGAGCUAAAUGUGGUUUUGAGCCAGCUGGACACUAACCACCUGUAUUCAGCGAUGCUGUGAAUCCAGGUGAGCAGCUUGUCAAGCACAGCGCAUCAGGUUUUCUUUUGGCAAGUCAAAUUGUCUUUUUCUAAGGCAGAGGUUGAGAAUUCUGAUGGGUACUUAGUGGAAGCCAGAGGUGCUGUCUCUCAAAGAAGAAAGAUGCUGCCAGCCAGUUAAUUUGCUGUAUCUUGCCUCUUCAUGCAGCAGUGGCUCUCAGCUUCUGUUCAGUGCAGAGCUGUGUGUGAGUCAGGAGCUGGGAGCUGAUGGGGACUCUGGAUGCACUGGGAUGCUGGCCCUGUAAUCAGCCUGCCAGCAUGGCCUUCAGCACUAGCCAUAGCACUUCUGUUUGCACCAGCACCAGGGGAUGCUGAUGUCUACUUAGUAGAAAGGACAGAGGUCAAACUGGAAGCUAUUUUUCCUUGCCCACUGCCAAAUGCAACAUAAUCAUGUUUUGUUGUUACUAAUGCUAAAGCAAAUUUAACUCAUGCUCAUAAAAUGCCUGCUGUGUGAGUCUUGUAUUUUUAGUGGAAUACAGAAAUAAAGCAGCUGGUGUAAUAAUGAGACCUGCUGCUUGCCAUGGAUCUGAAGGUAUAUUUGGGAGUGCAGUCCUGGCAUUACUCUUAUAAUGGUGCUGGUGACAGUUGAGCUGGAAUUACAGAAAUAAAUGAUGUUUGAAAUUCUCAUUAAAAAAACUAAAGCUAUCAGUUUUUCUCUGCUGAAAACAGUCUAACUAGAG